AUGGUCUUUAUCCUGACAUUGAUAGGAAUUUGUUUCCAAAAAUGUGUCGCUAAUAUUGAGGAAAAUCGGUUUACCUUCAUAUCGACGAUAUCUAAGAAUAUAGAACCAAAUGUUUUUCGCGAGUUUACUUUAUCAAUAAAAAGGAUCCUCAUUGUGGAGUGUAGCGCCGCGUGCAGAAGUGCAGAACAGUGUGUUGGACUUGACAUUUGUGAUGGCAGAAUUUGUCGUCUGUGGAAUUCUACCAACUACCAAAGUAAUUUGUCAAAUAUCUCAAACGAACUGUGCAGAUGGUAUAUGAAGGUGAUUCAAAGGCGGUUUGAUGGAUCAGUUGAUUUCUACAGAAACUGGGCCGAAUAUGAGAACGGAUUUGGUUCUCCUCAAUCUGAGCUCUGGUUAGGUAAUCAAUAUAUUCACGAAUUAACAACUAAUGGGUAUACUGUUCUGAGAAUUGAGCUAACUAGCUUUGACGGAGAGACGAGGCAUGUAGAAUACGACUUCAGCAUAGAAAACAAAAUCAACAAUUACAGACUUCAUAUUUCCGAACGCAGUAUGUCUGGAAUAGAUAGCUUAGAGAGAAGUGACUUGGCAUUCUUCUGUACAUUUGAUAAUGACAACGACAACUGGAACGCAGCUCACUGUGCAGAUAUGUCUGAAAAAGCCAGUGGUUGGUGGCACUCUAAAAUUUCAUGGUGUACUGACGGGAACCUAAAUGGGAUAUAUAAGGACCAGUAUAUGAACUAUCAGCAGGGAAUCAAUUGGUUUGAGUGGAAAGGAGCGUGGACUCUAAAGGAAACAAAAAUGAUGCUCAGAAAACCAUAA